CAGGAGAGCUCUACAGGAGCUCCUCCGUAGCCUGCCGGCACCGCUCUUGCUCAGGCUCAGGCUCAGCCCGUCAGUGCAAGACGCUUGUGCCUUCCCUUCAGCAGUGCUCCACGCGCAAAGUCCUACCAAGCGGGGGCCAUGGUCUUUGGGAAGGGGAGGACAUGUACAGCACCUGCGCACGGCCUGCUUCUUCUGCAAGUCCUCGGCAGCAAUGGCAACGAGACCUCUGGCGAGCGUUGGCCUGAGGAAGAAGAAGCAGAAUUGCUAUCAACCAGAUCGCUUCAGCCUUACGCAGCAUGACAAGGGAGCUAAGCAUUUCAGCUCCCUCGGGGCCAUCAGGCACAGUAUAAAUAGUUGCCUCGUCUCCCGGCCACUCUAUUCCCUGCUGAGGCCUUGCUCUCGUCUGUGAAGCCGAGUCACCUCCCUCCCGCCUCCGCCAGACAUGUCGUGCUACAGCCCGUGCCAGACAGCCGCCUGCGGCCCAGCUCCGCUUGCCAACAGCUGCAACGAGCCGUGUGUCCUUCGUUGUGCCGACUCCAGCGUUGCGAUCCAGCCCCCACCAGUGGUGGUGACGCUGCCGGGCCCAAUCCUCAGCUCCUUCCCUCAGAGCACAGCCGUGGGAUCCACGGCGUCGGCUGCCGUGGGGAGCUCUCUCAGCGCUGGCAGUGUGCCCAUCGGUGCUGGGGGCUCCCUGGGGCUGGGGGGCUUUGGGUGGUCAGGGCUGGGCCGUGGGCUCUGUGGGACUCUGGGACGUGGCAACCUCCUCUGCUAAAGCCCGUGGACCACCUGCCUGUGCAUGAGCACCUCGGGCCUUGAAGGCAGCCCUGGAGCCAGCCCUGAGGGCAUGGCCGCGGUCUGCAGAGGAGCCGAGUUCCCGCCAACUUCUCCUCCUCGUCGCCCGCCCUCUUUCCCCUGCUUACUAUCCGUGGUCUUCCGCUUUCACUGAGCUUUACAGACAUCCAAAGGGCACUGCUGAAGCUCUCAGCUGUUGCCCGUUCCUCUCCUUUUCUCAUUAAAGACAUUGAGCAUCAGCUUUGG